AUGCGCACACCCCGGCGCAUCGGCCCCGACGGGGCACCCGGGCGGGCGCACUCCCAGGUUCAACGCCCCAGCGGACACUCGGCCGCUCGCACGCACUGCACAGCCGUGCAGCCGGUGCCCGGUGCCCGUGUGCUAGCCCCAGCGUAUGCCCCUCGCCCGGCUCCCGCCGCCUGCGACUCCUUUCAUUGUCACCUCCCGGGUAUUCUUUUCGAUGAGUUCCACCCGUUCAUCGAGGCGCUGCUGCCUCACGUCCGCGCCUUCUCCUACACCUGGUUCAACCUGCAGGCGCGGAAGCGCAAGUACUUCAAGAAGCACGAGAAGCGGAUGUCGAAGGACGAGGAGCGGGCGGUGAAGGACGAGCUGCUGGGCGAGAAGCCCGAGAUCAAGCAGAAGUGGGCAUCCCGGCUGCUGGCCAAGCUGCGCAAAGACAUCCGGCCCGAGUUCCGAGAGGACUUUGUGCUGACCAUCACGGGCAAGAAGCCCCCCUGCUGUGUGCUCUCCAACCCCGACCAGAAGGGCAAGAUCCGGCGGAUUGACUGCCUUCGCCAGGCCGACAAGGUGUGGCGGCUGGACCUGGUCAUGGUGAUUUUGUUUAAGGGGAUCCCCCUGGAAAGUACUGACGGGGAGCGGCUCUACAAGUCGCCCCAGUGCUCGAAC